GGCGGUUACCCAGGGUUUCCGGUGUGGGGCCGGAGCGGGGAAGCCGUCGGACGUCGGCGGUGAGGUACGCACGGUGGCAGCCGGCGGGACAAGACAAUCGGAGGGUCUGUAGGUUGUGAAGAAUUUCGAAGUCUGGAAAAUAGCAGCAGUGUUUGUUUCUAAAGGAUUUGCUCCUAAUCCACCAUUGCAAAUCACAAUGAAGAACCAAGACAAAAAGAAUGGGGCUGCCAAACAAUCCAACCCGAAAAGCAACCCGGGACAACCGGAAGCAGGAGCUGAGGGAGGACCGGGGCGGCAGAGCCAGCCGACUCCUGCGACAGAAGCUGAAGGUUCCAGCAGCCAGACUCCAGGGAAGACCGAGGGUGUUCAAGCCAAAACUGCUCAGUCUGGAGCCUUUAGUGAUGUCUCUGAGGAGCUGAGCCGCCAGUUGGAAGACAUACUGAGUACAUACUGUGUAGACAACAGUCAGGGGGGCCCAGGUGAGGAUGGGGCACAAGGUGAGUCCACUGAACCUGAAGAUUCAGAGAAGACCCGGACCUAUGUGGCAAGGAAUGGAGAGCCUGAGCCAGGGACUCCAGUAGUAAAUGGAGAGAAAGAGACCUCCAAGGGGGAGCUAGGCACAGAAGAGAUCCGGGCAAGUGACGAGGUCGGAGACCGAGACCACCGAAGGCCACAGGAGAAGAAGAAAGCCAAGGGUCUAGGGAAGGAAAUCACGUUGCUGAUGCAGACAUUGAACACACUGAGUACCCCAGAGGAGAAGCUGGCCGCUCUGUGCAAGAAAUAUGCUGAACUGCUGGAGGAGCAUCGAAACUCACAGAAGCAAAUGAAGCUCCUGCAGAAAAAGCAGAGCCAGCUGGUACAGGAGAAGGACCACCUCCGUGGUGAGCACAGCAAGGCCGUCCUGGCCCGUAGCAAGCUUGAGAGUCUGUGUCGCGAGCUGCAGCGGCACAACCGCUCCCUCAAGGAAGAAGGAGUGCAGCGGGCCCGAGAGGAGGAAGAGAAGCGCAAGGAGGUGACCUCGCACUUCCAGGUGACCCUGAAUGACAUUCAGCUGCAGAUGGAACAGCACAAUGAACGCAACUCCAAGCUGCGCCAAGAGAAUAUGGAGCUAGCUGAGAGGCUGAAGAAGCUGAUUGAGCAGUAUGAGCUACGAGAGGAGCAUAUCGACAAAGUCUUCAAACACAAGGACCUGCAGCAACAACUGGUGGACGCCAAGCUCCAGCAGGCUCAGGAAAUGCUGAAGGAAGCAGAGGAGCGGCACCAAAGGGAGAAGGAUUUUCUCCUGAAAGAGGCAGUGGAGUCCCAGAGGAUGUGUGAGCUGAUGAAGCAGCAAGAAACCCACCUGAAGCAGCAGCUUGCCCUAUACACAGAGAAGUUUGAGGAGUUCCAGAACACACUUUCCAAAAGCAGCGAGGUAUUCACCACAUUCAAGCAGGAGAUGGAAAAGAUGACUAAGAAGAUCAAGAAGCUGGAGAAAGAAACCACCAUGUACCGGUCCCGGUGGGAGAGCAGCAACAAGGCCCUGCUUGAGAUGGCAGAGGAGAAGACACUCCGAGACAAAGAGCUAGAGGGCCUGCAAGUGAAAAUCCAGCGGCUGGAGAAGUUAUGCCGGGCGCUACAGACAGAGCGGAACGACCUGAACAAGAGGGUACAGGACCUAAGUGCUGGCGGCCAGGGCAUCCUCACUGACAGUGGCUCUGAGCGGAGGCCAGAGGGACCUGCAGCUCAGGCACCCAGCUCCCCCAGAGUCACAGAAGCACCUUGCUGCCCAGGAGCACCAACCACAGAAGCAUCAGGCCAGACAGGGCUUCAGGAGCCCACCUCUGCCACGGCCUAGGGAGCCUGGUGCUGGGGCAUGCUGUGAAGGGAGUAGGCAGCCCAGCCAGGCCUGGCCCAAUCAAAGCUCCCUUGCUGAGCAGUCCAGUGCUGAGGCCAGAGUGUUCUGACCUGGCUGGCAGCUGACACUGGCAAUUUUGGAUUUUAUAGGUCAGUUUUACGUACAUACGGCAUUGUGCAAGACCUCAUACAUUUAUACCUAUAAGUGUACAUUGGGCUUGCACCGGGGGUGAGGGUAUGUACAGAUGAAGUCAGUGGCUCCUCUGUGAGCUGAAGAGUUUUAAGAGGAGUUGUCUGUAGCUGCCAUCACAGUGAUUUGACUGGACUUGAGCAUUUCUCUGCCUGAUUUGAGGCUUAGACCCCUCCCAGCCCUUAAGAGCUCAUGAUAAGUGAUACACCCAAGUCUUGACUACAUUUCUCUUGUGAGCAGGGCUUGGGCAGCUUGGACACUCCUUUGCUUCUCUUGACCUGGAAGAAAUGUCCCCAGGUGGAACCUUGGCAGGGUACUCAUAGCUGGUGGCCCAAAUGCUUUUCCUGCCUUGGACAAAGGACCUGGAGAAUGUUUCUAUGUGGGAUGAUCUGCUGGCCGGGAGCCCCUUGGGCACCGCUUCCCCACCCUCUGGUAGUGCCAGGACCAGGCCAUGAUGCUUCUCAGUAGCCUUAUCAUUCACAGGUGCCUCUCUAGCUGCACAAAUGAUUGACAAGAGAUCACCCAAAGGAUUCUUUCUGAAGGUUUUUUUUGUUGUUGUUGUUGUUGUUGAUUUUUGCACAUGACAGUGUUGCAUUGAGGAUUUUCUGAGGAAGAAAGAGAAGAGGGGUGCUGUAGCACUGGUGCCUGGGAGCCUGGCCUCCAGUGUCCCACCCAUCUCACCACCCCACUUCGCUCCUUUGCCAUGUUAGUGCUGAGCUUUCCUGUUUGGUGAGAUCAGGUUGUUUGUAGUAAGAGAAAGGGAAGGGUUUCUGGUAGCUCUGCCAUAACCAUGCCUGUGGGUUUCAUUCCUGGGGAGGUCCAUCUGCCCUUCGGCUUCAUGGUUGGUUUCUGCUCCCUGUUCCCUCUCCCCUCAAAUGUGUGUUCCUCACGGUUUGGCCUGAUUCUGUUUCCUGGAACCUUCUUGCCCAAGGAAUGGGAGCCCUUGGGAUUCCGUUUUUUCCUGUGUUGGAGCCCCAGGUAUUAUAUGACUAGUAAGGAAUGAAACUGAACAAUUGAUGUGGGCCCCAGAAAUCCAUAAAGUGACUGUAGACAGCUGCCCCCUCCACCACUGCAUACUGUUACACUGUAGCUGCUCUGUGUGCUGAAAGUCCUACUGGUUGCAGACUUGCUGGGGUAUCAGCCAGUCUUUGUACAGAACAGUUUUCUGGAACAGCAGAAUGAGUCUUGGAUCGGGAGGCAGAGCUCUGACGGUCUAGCAGUACAAUACCCCAUCUCCAGCUAAGCUGCAGCACCAGUGCAGCUGAGGCAGCCACAGGCCAAGAUGGUAAGCUGGUUAGGGUCCGGCUUUUUGCUGUGUUUCUUUGAAGCUAGGUGUUCUGCAGGUCCCUUCAACUUCCACUCUUCACUCGCUGGAUGAGCCCGUAGCUUAAAUCCCUCAGAUAAAUAGGUUCGUGAAGAAUGUUAAAUACUCCCGAAUCAUGUUAUGACUUAGACUAGAGAUGGCAAAUAAAUGGCACACCAUUUCUCCCCCUGCCCCAUGGCAGGUACCACUAAUCUGCUUCAGUGUUCUUGCGACUCUAUGGUAUAGCCUCACUUCACAUCAAGGUGCCCUCAUGCAGUGGUGUGAGUGUGGAGACCUGUUUGCCAUCACUGGCUGAGAUGCUACUGUCCUGUGGAGAAAUGUUUUCCGAGACCUUUUACUCUCCUUUGAAUCCAUGUGUUUGGAACGGUCUUUGCCUUUUCCUGCUCCUCUGAGGCCUUCUCCCUCCCCCAGCCCCUGUGCCAGGUGAGGUGUAAAAGCUGCCAACCCUGCAGGGUGUUUGCUAGGUUGAGGGAGGUGCAGGAAGGAGGCAGAGGCAGAGUAGGGAGGCACACAGUGAAUGGCCCGCUAACUGCCUCCCUCACUUCGGCUACCUCUCAACAGCCUUGAAGGCUUGGGGCUAUCGGAAUCCAGUGUGGUGGGACGGGGGACAGGUGGGCCCAAGGCAGGGUAAAGGCUUUCUUCUCGGCUCCAUCUAUUUCCUGGCAUUCAGGCAAGUCUAUAGAAGGGGAGCCCUUUCUUUCUCCUCCUCUCCACUGACCAAAUCUUAACCAAUUGCUACAGCUGCUCUGCUUGUUCUGCUUUCCAAAGUUAGCCCAAGUCCUGGGCCAGAUGCAGGGAGGCGGCCUAUCCAUGAGUAAAGGCCAGUGCCUUUCUCACCCAGAUGGGUCCCAUAUACGUGACCUCAGUUUUAGGACCAAGAGCUGUGUUGGUUUCUCCAAUUGCUAGCUUUUCCUUGGGGGACCACAGCAGGUGCGUGAGGCUCAGAGCCCAUGGCUUUGUGAAGAGUAACUUGUGUUUCAGACCUUGUCCAGCUGAGAGCUUUCAUGUACACCAGAUUCUGAAAGGUGUCCGCAGCACUUUUUUUUUUUUUUUUUAAUUUGUUGUUUGUUUUCCGUGAGGUUUUUGGACCAUGGGCUGAGCUCAGGCACUUUCUGUAGGAGAAUGUUAUUUCUGUAAAGAUGGUUAUUUAACCUUCCACUCCAUCAUAGCAGCCCUGCUGAGGGCUGACCCAGAGGCUGGGGGAGGUGCUUGGUGUCCAUGGGGGAGGGCCAAGGCCUGCAGAGCUGAUUCUGCAGCUGCUGCCCAGCCCUCCCACCUUGCACAGCACAGUGAAGAUGGCCACCCCAGGGACAGCAAGUACCUGCCUGCUCCUCUUGCCCUUCCUGGGGGAGGGAGCUGCCUUUUGUCUCUGUAACUGCUUUCCUUAUGGCCCAACCUGGCCGCUCAGACUUGUUUGAAGCUGUGAUAACAGCAUUUUUGUCUCUUUUUGGUAUUCACAACAGCCAGAGACUUGAUUUUGAUGUAUUUUAAACCACAUUAAAUAAAGAGUCUGUUGCCUUA